UUACUCAAUGCAGGUCGCUUUGGCGGUGGUUCCGUAAGAUCAUGCAGCGACUGUAACAACACAAUAUAUGCACGAUCGAAAGCUGGACAGCAAAGAAGACCGGAUUUCCCAAGCGAUGAGUCGAGACACACGUGUGCACCUUAGCGAGCGGUGGACAUUUAUAUAUGUGGCGCCACGCGCUGGACAGCGUCGUCGCCAGCGCAAGCAAACGCUACAGCCGGACAGGCGGAAUACCGCCGGAGUCAGCCUCGAGUGAUCGUCUGGCAGACGCCACGCAGUGGCGAGCGGGUAGCGCGCACCCGGUCGCCAUUCUGGUACCGGCCGCCAGACUGAGCACACGCUCAAGUCAUCAGUAUUACCUUUUAUUAAAUAAAGUCUUCAGAGUAGAUUAGUAGUACAUCGGAGGCGUAAUUUCUUUCCUCCUGUCCAUUCCUGUGCCCACGCGACUCGUAAGCCCAGAUCCAGUACUCUCUGGGCCGAGAUAGAAAAGCCUAGCUUCAAAAGUGGUGACCCCGUUCAGCAACACGUUUCGGAGUCGGGCACAGCGCGAAGUAUCGACGCCAUCUUCGCUACGUCUCUUCACUCUGACUCUCGGCGGCCAGUCCAGCCUUCUCUCUCGGCGUACCGCGCGGAGCCGAGAGAGAAUAUUUUUUUUAUCAUUCGACUUACGGCACGUCGCAGCCCAUUUACAGCUCGCGACGGCCGCUUUUAUUUUUUUUUACUUUCUGCAUCGAGCAGCAGCGCAGUUGCGCGCGGGUCACGCGCGAGCCGGUGUAUCUCGCCGCCGGUGAAGUGAUCCUCAAUCGAGCACGCGGUGCGGCCCGUCGUCCGCCCUUCACCGGAGCAACACCAGGCGAGCACCAGAGGUACCUCGCCGCACGGAAUACCAGCAGCAGGGAGUCUGCCUCCAGCCCCUUUACAGCUGGAGUGCGCGCGGAGCGGCCCUGUCGGUCGUCUCCCUGUCUGCAGCACACUACGCGGCGAGAGCAGCCGCUCCACCGAGGACGAGACAGCAGCAGAGCAGCGCUGAGACACGCACCAACGCACCGGGGUCCCAGCCAGGAGGUGCCAUCAACAUCGGCGGAACAUCAGCAGUCGAGCGACGCAAUCCGGCGGCAGCGCGGCGUCCACGCCUCGCCAUCAUCAUCGGCAGCGUCCGGCGGCAGCUUCAACACACCAGGUUUUUCGCCCCGCAACAGGUAUAGCCUUUCGCGGCCUUGAGUCGCUCUUUCAUUUCAAGUGCCGCGUAUACCUGUUGCGUGCCGCCGGCGCCGACGCCGCGUUCCACGCAGUCGGCCACCUUGCCGACUCGCGUCGUCUCCCGCGCUUUCUCGCUUUCCGCCCCGGCCCUCCCGCGCGAGCGGCCAUUUUCCCGGUAGUGUUGCGCGCCGCGUAGAGCCAGCGCGCCGACCAUCGCGCGCGUUCCGCUGGCUCCGCUACCACCACGCGUGUCGCGCGACGGCGCCACCCGCCAUCCCUCGGCGGUACGCCGCGCACACAGCGUGCCGCGUCUCGGUUCUCGCACUUCACAGCGCCUUGCCGCGCGCCGCGCGCUCAAUUUUAUUCACUCCGAGACUUCAGAUACAGACAUGGUACUGCGUACGCCAACCGGGCAGCAGUCCUCCGAGGCGCGUCAAAACUCGCAAACGGGAGCGAAUAGCUCGGAUUCGAUACCGGUUCCCCCGCCUAUGCCAAUCGACGGGGUAUUUCCGUAUCCGCGGCAGACUUACGAACCCUCGCGCUGCGAGAUUCCGUCCUAUUGGAAUGCUAAUCCCGCUUUGUGGCUCGCACAGGUCAACGCAGCUUUCGAAGCCGGAGGAGUGCGGAACGAGCGCCACAAAUUCAACACCGUGGUGGCGCGGCUUCCCCAGGCCGUCGCAGAGGAGCUGUCGGACCUGAUCUUCCACCCUCCAGCCGUCAACCGCUACGCAGCCCUCUGCCAGGCGGUGCUACGCCGCCUCUCCACUCCAGCCGACACCCAGCUGCACCAGGUCCUGAACGAGGUGCGCCUGGAGGGCCGCACUCCAUCCCAGCUGCUGCGUCACAUGAGAUGUCUCGCCAACGACGCGAUUUCAGAUGAGGCCUUGAAGGUCAAGUGGCUUGACCUCCUGCCGCCGCACAUCGGCCGGCUCUGCCGAGUCCUGCAGACCAGCACUCUCGACGAACUGGCCCACCUGGCCGAUCUCGCCAUGGUGCCAGAGCCGCAGGUCCACGCCGUCGCCUCUCGACCCGCAACACCUUCGUCGAGCGGCGUCUCGUCCCGCACGGCAUCGCCCCAGCCGGAUUCGGACAUGGCCACGCUGCAAGCCACGCUGGCGCAGCUCCUCACCACCUCGCAGAGGCAGAGCAAGCUGCUCGAGACCCUCGUGCGCAACAACACCAGCAACAACAACAGCAACAACAUCAACAAUAGCAGCAGUAACAGCAGAGGUAGAGCACGCUCUCGCUCCCGCCCCCGUCGAACCGCAGCGCCAGCGGCCGCCGGCGAUGACUUGUGCUGGUACCACCGGAAAUUCGGCCAGCAGGCCGUGCAGUGCAAGCAGCCGUGUUCGUUCAUCCCGGGCUCGGGAAACUAAAGGCGCCUCCGCCCCCGCAAGCCGAAGCGGUAGGCGCAGUCAUGGAGAGACGCUUGCAUAUAUCACCGACCAGUCAACGAACCUCAGGUUCCUG